GAGAUCAGCCACUACGUGCAGUUAACAUGGCGAAAGAAACCAAUAUUGAUGCAAGACUAAAGCCACGAAAAUCUUUGAAAGCAAAGUUAGAGGAGCUGCCACAAUUGCCCCGUUCCUCAAACUGUUGUAUCUAUAGAGUUCCACAGCGUCUUCGCCAAGAAAAUGAAAAAGCUUAUGCACCUCAAGUAGUCUCCAUCGGCCCUCUUCACCACGGGAAACAACACUUAAAAUCCAUGGAAAAAGAAAAACAGAGGUACCUGAAAGAGUUCCUUGAACGGACUGGUGCAAAAUUGGACGAUCUGCUAAACUUAAUCACAGAAAAGGAACAACAAUUGCGUAGCUGUUAUGCUGAAGAAAUAGAAUUUGAUCAUGAAGAAUUUGUGGAAAUGAUCUUGGUGGAUGCAACGUUCAUCAUUGAAGUGUUAUUGAGGUCUCAGUUCCGAGAUUUACAAAAACAGGAAGACCAUAUAUUGAAAAGCCAUUUUUGAUACAAGAUAUAUGGUACGAAAUGUGGUUGCUUGAGAAUCAGAUUCCAUUCUUCAUUCUUCAGGAUAUUUUUAACCUGGAGACUAUCUCUGAAUUAGUGAAGAAUUGGAAACCAAUCAUCGAGCUUACAUACGAAUUUUUCAAGAGUUUAGAAGCAGUAAAUGGCAAAUUAAAGAAGUUUGAGAACAAUAACGUGGAAGUGAAACAUUUCACUGACUUUAUAAGAACUUGUCAUCUACCAUCAGUUAAAUCGGCUCCACGUCUACAGAAAAGAAAAGUUGUAACUGCACCAAGUGUGAUCCAACUCAACCAAGCUGGAGCGAAGUUCAAAAAGAGCGAAAGCAACGAGUCAUUUGAUAUAACAUUCACAAAGGGGACUUUGGAAAUUCCA